AUGAAAGGAGCUUGCGAAACUGGGGAGCAAUUCAACGCUUCUCACUGCAGAAAGAAACUUAUAGGUGCCAGAUUCUUUACCCACGGCCUGCAAGAUGGUCCCGAGGCUUAUGCGAAAGCACACCAAGAAGUUCUUUCUCCAAGAGAUGUUCAAGGCCAUGGAACUCACGUGGCUUCCACUCCUGGAGGCCGAUUUAUGAGAAACGCAAACUGGUUUGGCUAUGCGAAAGGCACUGCAAAAGGUGGAGCUCCGGACUCACGUCUCGCAAUCUACAAGAUAUGCUGGAGAAACAUCGUAAGGUGCCCGGAUUCUCACAUUCUCAGCGCAUUUGAUAUGGGAAUCCACGAUGGCGUGGAUAUCAUUUCUGCAUCUUUCGGUGGUCCAGCAGGUGAUUACUUCCUUGAUUCUACGUCCAUUGGAGCGUUCCAUGCCAUGCAGAAAGGCAUUGUGGUGGUGGCUGCCGCUGGAAACGGGCAGGAACGUGAAGGGCCUGGCUCUGUGCAAAAUGUAGCUCCUUGGGUCAUCACUGUUGGGGCGAGCACUCUUGAUCGAUCCUAUUUUGGAGACCUUUACCUUGGCAACAAUAAAUCAUUUCGGGGCUUUAGCAUGACGGAGCAAAGAUUAAAAAAGCGGUGGUAUCAUCUUGCUGCGGGAGCCGAUGUUGGCUUGCCAACUUCCAACUUUUCAGCCAGGCAAAUGUGUAUGAGCGGGUCUUUGGAUCCCAAAGAAGUCCGGGGAAAGAUUGUGGCAUGCUUGAGAGGGCCACAGGUUCCAUUACGCGAAGUUUCUCGAGCUGGUGGAGCUGAGAUCCUAACUUUGAGAAACCGAAAACCUGCUCCUUCCAUGGCACCCUUUUCAUUCUCUGGUCCCAACUCGGUUGAUCCAGACAUUCUCAAGAUGGUCUCUGCGUUCUUCCCUCGCCAGUGUCCUCUCUACGACAACUGGCAUCGACAUCUAGCUCGCCAAUUCCACCUACCAGCAAGCUAG